AUGAUUACUCAGGCUAACAACGCUGAUGACCCAUUUCCUAUAUGGGGCACGUGCAUGGGCUUUCAACUAUUGACAUAUUUAACAAGCGGAGAAAAUCUUUUGACAGACACCAAUUCAACACUCGUCUCAUACCCGUUGUAUUUCCAACAAGCUUACAAAACAAGUAAAUUAUUUGGAUCAGGCAGCGCAGAAACUGGCGAUAUUAUAAACAUUUUAUCUAAAGAGAAUGUGACAUUUAAUGCUCAUUUUUAUGGAAUUACACCAAAGACAUUCAACAACAAUACAAAGCUGAGAACAUUCUACCGAAUGCUGACUACAAACUAUGACGACAAUGGCAAGGAAUUUGUGUCCAUGAUAGAAGCAUUUAAGUAUCCUUUCUAUGGAGCUCAGUGGCACCCGGAAAAGAACAAUUUUGAAUUUGUUGCAAAGCUUGGGCCAAAUUUACACCAUUCCGCAGAUGCCAUCAAAGUAACUCUGUACAUGGCACAGUUCUUUGUUAAUGAAGCUCGAAAGAGUUCACACAAAUUUAAAAAUGCCACAGAGGAAGCAGCUGCUCUCAUUUACAACUUUCCUGUAGUUUAUACUGCAGGAAACACCAGUUAUGAACAGUGCUAUUUUUUUUAA